CUGGCAACUAUUGUAGUACAUAACCAUUUUAAACAUGGCAGCUGCUGCUGGGUCGCGAUCCUCAACGCUGAACAGCGCGGGUGUGGAGGGUUUCCCGUUCACCGUGGCUGGCAGACCAGCCGAGGAAAGCACGAGCAAAGAUCAAAGCGCUACCGGAGAGCCGAAAAAGAAACCGUGCCGCGCGUGUACGGAUUUUAAAUCAUGGAUGAAGCUGCAGAAACAGACGUCCUUAGUCUCAGUGCAGGAGAGCAGGCCGAUGGAGGAGGCUAAACCUGUUGAAUGCCCUCUCGACAGAGAGGAACUGGGCAGGAGCUCAUGGUCUUUUCUUCACACUAUGGCUGCAUAUUAUCCAGAUGCACCGACCACAGAACAACAGGGGGAGAUGACACAGUUCAUCAACCUCUUCUCAAAGGUUUUCCCAUGUGAUGAGUGUGCAGAGGACCUGAGAUCAAGAUUGAAAACGAAUCAACCAGAUGCUAGCAGUCGGCACAACCUCUCACAGUGGCUCUGUCAUCUCCAUAAUAACAUUAACAUCCGAUUAGGCAAGCCAGAGUUUGACUGCAGCAAGGUGGAUGAGCGAUGGCGAGAUGGCUGGAAAGAUGGAUCUUGUGACUGAAAACCUCCAACACAAUCAUGAACAUGAGCAAAAUUCAGCCGCACAGAUUCUGUGGACCUGACCUUUUUGAAGGUGCUACUCAGGAGAUGUUGAUAGAUGUCGACUUUGCACUAAUUGAUAGAAUGAUUUAUUCAUAUACAGUUGUUUGAAUUGUGCUUUUAAUCAAGAGUGUUUGUUGUCUAUGAGAGUAUGGUGUUAUGGCCCAUAUUGUUUUGUAUUAUUGAGCUCUCACAUGAUUAGCUCAGAGCAACAGGAUGAACUUUGUAAAAAAAAUAUGUGCAACAGCUGAAAACAAAAAUUCUUAUGUUUAGAGCAGUGAUUCUCAACUUUUUGAACUACAAGGAAAUAAACUGCAUAUUACCCAAGAUAUUUCUGACAGUCCUGUUAUAAAGACAAAUCUGCUUGUUUUCUAAAAAAUAUUUUUAUUUUUUUGGAAUGCCAAUUAAAUGAACAAUUCACUAUU